AUAGUUUGAAAACGCAGGCUAGAGAGAGAAACAAGAGAGAGAGAAAGUGAGAAAAUGCUCCGAGUCUCAGAGACUGUAAUAGAGAGAGAGGUAGUGUUUACUCUGCAAGAGUAUCUUCGACGAUUGGAAGAACCAAACAACGAAAGAGGAAAACGGCAUUAGCGAAUCUGCUAGAAACUCUCGUCUCCUGAGCAUUCUUCUCUCCGUCUUGCGUUUUAGUCUCCACUGUCGUCGUUUCCAUUUCCGAUACUCGGAAGCGUUUUUGCGCGCGAGUGAUGAGUCGUUUAGGGUUCAAACAUGAGGUCUACGAUGGCGACAAGCACGUCGGCGAACUUGACGUUUUUCCGACGACGCCGUUUCACAACUUCCGCUUCCCCAACAACGAGAUUCGCAUCCACCACUUCAGCGCCAAGAGCGAGCGCUGCCCUCCGCUGUCGAUCCUUCAAACCAUUGCCGCAUUCAACGUCCAUUGCAAGCUCGAUUCCUCAGUCGCUGCAGAGCAAAAGGAGCUAAUCUCCAUCCACGCCAGUUGCUUCUACGAAAUGAAGACGGCGGUAGUGCUGGUGAACGACGAGGAGAUUCACCUUGUUUCGAUGCCGAGCAAAAGGAAGAAGUUCCCCUGCUUCUGGUGCUUCGCGGUUCCUGUAGGACUCUACGACGCUUGCUUGGGGAUGCUUAACCUGAGGUGUCUGGCGAUUGUGUUCGAUUUGGACGAGACACUCAUCGUUGCAAACACGAUGAAGUCGUUUGAGGAUAGAAUUGAGGCCUUGAGGAGUUGGCUUUCGCGCGAGAUCGACCCGUUGCGGGUGCAGGGGAUGUCCGCGGAACUUAAGCGCUACCUGGAAGACCGGUUGCUGCUGAAGCAGUUUGCGGAGAGCGAUUGUGUGGUGGAUAACGGGAAGGUGUAUAAGGUUCAGAUGGAGGAGGUGUUGCCGCAUUCCGGUAGCCACGAGAAACUGAUUCGUCCGGUUGUUAGGCUGCAAGAUAGGAAUAUUGUACUCACACGCAUCAAUCCUGAGAUUCGUGAUACUAGUGUAUUAGUGAGAUUACGACCAGCAUGGGAGGAUCUAAGAUGCUAUUUAACUGCGAAAGGACGCAAGCGGUUUGAAGUAUAUGUUUGUACUAUGGCUGAAAGGGAUUAUGCUUUGGAAAUGUGGAGGCUUCUUGAUCCUGAGGCUCAUCUUAUAGGUCCAAAGCAAAUCCUUGAACGUGUCAUUUGUGUCAAAUCAGGCUCUCGGAAAUCUCUGCCUAAUGUUUUUCAGGAUGGCAUGUGCCAUCCCAAAAUGGCAAUGGUAAUUGAUGACCGGUCAAAGGUUUGGGAAGACAAGGACCAGCCUAGGGUUCAUGUUGUUCCUGCCUUUACUCCUUAUUACUCUCCUCAAGCAGAGACGGCCAAUGCUGUUCCGGUCCUUUGUGUAGCGAGAAAUGUUGCAUGCAAUGUCAGAGGUUGUUUUUUCAAAGAGUUUGAUGAGAGUUUAUUACAAAGAAUUGCUGAAAUCUUCUUUGAAGAUGAUAUUGGAAUUUUACCUCAUCCUCCAGAUGUGAGCAACUACUUGAUGUCAGAGGAUGUGCCAAAUGGUAAUACUAAUGCCCCACUAAGUGAAGGAAUCAAUGGUGCAGAAGUUGAACGGAGGUUAAGCCAGCCUGGUGAUAAAUUUCCUGUUGACUUAGUUGCCCAACCCAUGGUCAACAGUGUUGAGUUUAGACAUGAACCCUCUCAGCCAACUGCUGGUAUUAUUUCAGGUGUCACUGGCCCUGGAUCUUCAAGAAUACUGAUUCCGCCUUCAUUGAAACCUGGUUUGCUUGGACCUCCGGUCAAGCAUGAAGGCAGCUCUGUUGAUCGUGAUUAUGACAUGCGAAAAGGUGUUCUAGGCAUGAGACAUGGUCCAGAUAUAAGAGGUCAAAUUUCAGCUGAACCUCCUCUGAUAUCAAGGCCACCCAAUCAAGCAUCAACAUCUUUAACAAUGCAGCCAUUUGGAGGUGGGUUGGUAGAAGAUGAUAUUACCAGCAGAACUCAGACAAAUAAUUGGUCUAUAGCAUCUGGUAAAGAAUCUAAUGUAAUAAAGUCCGAAAAGCAUCAGGCUCAACUGAAACCAUUUUCUCAUAGUGUCGUAGGUUCACCUCCCAAUGUCGGGCAUCAACAAGCAUUGCAACUUAAGACUGAAGAGGCAACUUCUGUUUCUGAUUUGCAGAGGCAGAAUGCUCCAUCUAAGCCUCUGCUAUCAGAGGAUGGGAUAUCUCAGAAUCAUGCAUCUUCUAAUUGUAAAGAUCUUCAAAAUGAAGCUGGAAAAUUGAACUUAUUACCACCUCUAUCCAUUCAAGUGCUGCAGGAAAUUGGAAGGCGGUGUAACUCGAAGGUUGAAUUUAAGUCCAUUCUAAGCACCAGCAAGGACUUGCAGUUUUCCGUUGAGGUACUAUUUACCGGUGAGAAAAUAGGUGUUGGCAUGGGUAGGACGAGGAAGGAUGCUCAACAACAAGCUGCUGAGAAUGCCCUUAGAAGCUUAGCAGAGAAGUAUGUGGCGCAUGUGGAGCCUCAGUGUAGAGUCGUUGAUAGAGAAUUUGACAAGCUUUCUCUUGGACGUGACAAUGGUUUCUUGUGGGAUGUGGUCAAUCCUGAAUCCAAUGAGCCACAAACAGAAGAUGGAAUGCCCAGAGAAAAUGCUUCUGAGGCUUCGGAUGCUGAGACUAGAUCAAGUACACCCAAUGCCAUUAAUCAACAAAUGGAAAAGCGUAUCAGCUCCCCGAGGAUGCCUCAUUCAGUUUCCAAUAAACGAUUGAAGGAAUGAAAAUGUUGGAAGAUAAACAAGAUUUACCGUCAGUGAAGCAACUAGAAAUGGGCCUUUUGAGUUAUCAGGACGGCACAUUAUCAUUUUGUACGCGAAAAGGUUUUGAUGUAAUUUGCUCCUGUAAUAUCUAUGGCAUAGCGGUUGUAGAUAUGCUAAGGUAAAUUUUCCUUGGCUAAAUUCUGUUAUAGAGAAGGGCAUUUUUUUGGUUUUGCCCUACUAUUUUUCUCAUUUACAGAAUGUUUGUGUAGCCUCUUUUUCAAUAUUAGUUGGAAUAUUAAUUACAAGAAAAUCAUUUCUCCUUUGUCA